AUGAAGACGACAGGAAUAAUAAUAAAAAUAGUUGUUAAAAAUCGUUUGGGGGCUGGAUUGUUUCAGGAAAAUCUUAAUUGUGGUGGACCAAUGGAAGCUCCAGAAAGAUUGGAAGCUAGUGGAAUCCGUAGUGCAGCUAAAGACCUCUGCUUGGAGGAAGAUCCUUGUCUUAAUGGCGGAACUUGUUUAACAGUUGAUUCGGGAACAAUUUGUGAAUGUUCAGGGACCAGCUUUAUUGGUGACCAUUGUGAAAUUGAAAAACCUCCUGUGGAAGCUACUUUUGCUGGGUCGGAAUAUUUGACAUAUGAUCUUUCCAGUCGGGGAGAUUCUUUCAUCAGCAGUACUGACCAGCUAACUAUGUACUUCAAGACACGACAGGCAAAUGGACUCUUAUUUUAUACAGGUGAUCGUGGCGAAUACUUCAAUGUUGCUUUGAUAGAUGGCACUGUGGAUUUGUCAGUCAACCUUGGAUCUGGAAAAUAUGAUGCAAAUAUUAAUAUCCCAGAUCAAAGGUUUGAUGAUAACAAGUGGCAUCAUGUUGUUGUUACCAGAGAAUCAAGAGAGUGCUGA